ACAUUUAUUUCAACAUUCUAAUUGAAGAACGAGUCGCGUUGAAAUACAUUAUACUAAUAGAUAUUUAGGCCUUGGCCAUAACUCAAAUUUUGUCAUACGAAUUAUGUGGCUUGUAGUACUUAUUUUUGCUACCCCCGUGUCGGGUAUUUGCGACUCCCAGUCACAGAAGUCUGUAUUCUUAAACAAACUAGAGGGGAAAAAACUAAGUGCCAACGUGAGUAAAAGCAUUCUCGUUUUUGAUGAAUUUUCAUGUAUACGCGAGUGCUUCCAUCUUUUGGGGUCGUGCUUUUCAAUCAACUUUAACAAAAUCAAGAGGAAGGAUGGUCUUUACUGGUGUCAUCUUCUCGACGUUAAACAGCAAAAAGACGCUGCAGAAGUUAGUGACUCUGAGUACGUCUUCAUAAAAAUAAAGACUGCCUGUGACACGACUGAUUGUCUCAAUGGAGGAACGUGCCAAUUGAACUACGAGAAUAGCACUGCAAAGUGCGCCUGUUUGUCAGACUACACAGGAAACAGAUGCCAAAUAAACUGCACUACCGCCCUUGGAAUGGAGGAUAAGGGGAUCCCAGACUCGCAGAUCAGCGCCUCGUCGGAGAGAACUGUUUAUCACGCCGCGCGGUUUGGACGACUUCAUCAGGAGUGGGCUGAAGGACUGACCGUGGGAGCGUGGUCACCAGUCUCCGAUCAAUUGGGAGAAUAUCUACAAGUAGACCUCAUGAGAGCCACUCGUAUUACGGGAGUCGCAACACAAGGCCGUGGAGGGAGUUAUCUUUUCGUGAGACGCUACCAGCUGAAGCACAGUUUGGAUGGCACAUCCUGGAAUGUGUACCCAAAGGAGCUUGUUGGCAACACGGAACAGUAUGCUGUUGUAAGAAACUUCCUUUCCGAGGUUUUCACGGCGAGAUUUGUUCGGUUCUGUCCGACGAUAUGGGAACAUAUCAUAUGUAUGAGAGUCGAGGUCUACGGAUGCGUCGAAGAAUAAUAGAAUAAAAUAGGAUACGUCGAAGAAAAAUAGAAUAAAAUAGCUGUUAAUGCUAA